GGCGGCAGGCGUGACCUUCCCAACAUGGCGGCGGCCCGGCGUGUGUGAGGGCGGGCCCCGGAGGCGCCCAGGCCAAUGGUGGACCGCGAGAGGCGCGGGGGCGGGGAAGACAGCCGCCGCAUGCCCAACCCGAGGCUCGGGAGGUGGCUGGGGAAUGAAUUUUCUGGAAGGCGACUUUAAAGGCGCCAGGCCCGAGCGAAGGGCGUUUUGGUGUCGCAGCCGCCUAAGGGGGCCUGGGCGGGGGCGCGUUAGUGGCAGGAAGCGAGCUGUGCCGAGGUCGCCGCGGAACCAGCUGGUGACCCUGCAGGAUGAACCACAAGAGUAAGAAGCGGAUCCGCGAGGCCAAGCGGAGUGCGCGGCCGGAGCUCAAGGACUCGCUGGACUGGACGCGGCACAACUACUACGAGAGCUUCUCGCUGAGCCCAGCGGCCGUGGCGGAUAACGUGGAAAGGGCAGAUGCUUUACAGCUGUCUGUGGAAGAAUUUGUGGAGCGGUAUGAAAGGCCUUACAAGCCCGUGGUUUUGCUGAAUGCCCAGGACGGCUGGUCUGCGCAGGAGAAAUGGACUCUGGAGCGCCUAAAAAGGAAAUACCGGAACCAGAAGUUCAAGUGUGGUGAGGAUAACGAUGGCUACUCAGUGAAGAUGAAGAUGAAAUACUACAUCGAGUACAUGGAGAGCACUCGAGAUGACAGCCCCCUUUACAUCUUUGACAGCAGCUAUGGUGAACACCCCAAAAGAAGAAAACUUUUGGAAGACUACAAGGUGCCCAAGUUUUUUACUGAUGACCUUUUCCAGUACGCAGGGGAGAAACGCAGGCCCCCUUACAGGUGGUUUGUGAUGGGGCCACCACGCUCUGGAACUGGGAUUCACAUCGACCCUCUGGGAACCAGUGCCUGGAAUGCCUUGGUUCAGGGCCACAAACGCUGGUGCCUGUUCCCGACAAGCACUCCCAGGGAGCUCAUCAAGGUGACACGGGAAGAAGGAGGGAACCAGCAGGAUGAAGCUAUUACCUGGUUUAAUGUGAUUUAUCCCCGGACACAGCUUCCAACCUGGCCACCUGAAUUCAAACCCCUGGAAAUCUUACAAAAACCAGGAGAGACUGUCUUUGUGCCAGGAGGCUGGUGGCACGUUGUCCUCAAUCUUGACACUACUAUUGCCAUCACCCAGAAUUUUGCCAGUAGCACCAACUUCCCUGUUGUAUGGCACAAGACGGUAAGAGGGAGACCAAAGUUAUCAAGGAAAUGGUAUAGGAUCCUGAAGCAAGAGCACCCUGAGCUGGCAGCCCUGGCAGACUCGGUUGACCUUCAGGAGUCCACGGGGAUCGCCUCCGACAGCUCCAGCGACUCCUCCAGCUCCUCCAGCUCCAGCUCGUCAGACUCAGACUCCGAGUGUGAGUCUGGGUCUGAAGGUGACGGGACAAUGCACCGCAGGAAGAAGAGGAGGACGUGCAGCAUGGUGGGCAACGGGGACACCACCUCCCAGGACGACUGUGUGAGCAAAGAGCGCAGCUCCUCCAGGUGACCAAGCACGGCUGUUGUCUGUGUAGGAGGACAUGCUUGCAGCCAGGGGCCGGACCCAGGGAGGGCAGCCCAGUGGCUCCUGCAGACAAGGGGAGGGCUGACAGAAGCCAGAGAAUGAGGACGCCCUUGGAACCUGAAUCCAUUCACUUAGCGUUUGCUCCGGUAGCUGUCUCUGCUGCCAAUGCAGACAAACCUGGCUUGUUUUAUGCAUAAAGGCAAGAGUAUGUGAAUGGUGCCAAGAAAACCCUUUACGGUAUUUAAUAAAAAUUGAAUCCAUUUUA